UCAAGUCACUAGCUUGCCCUGCAUGAUGGCAUGCUAAAUUACACAAGUCCUUCAACCGGUGUCUUCUUGUCUAUAACUACAAUAGUCAUAAUUUUGGCCUCUAUGGUGACUCUUCCCCAUAGGGAACUUUUAUGAACUUCUGUUUGUACCACCGCACGGUAAUACAAAGUACGAGUUGAAAAUAUUGAACUCGUGGUACGUACAGCAGCCUAGUGCUGGAUCCCAAAUUUAGCGUUGCGGACUGCUCCAUUGACAAUGAAUGACUUCCGCCGGAACGCAGUUUGACGCUUCUGGUGGAACUUAAGCGUUGAAUUAACUCUGGCAGCAGCGAAAAAUACAUCUCGGCUCAGCCAUGUCUGCUGAAUUUGUGCUGUAAAACCUGCGCCAAUAUUGCAAAUCACUACGGAAACGCAUUGAACAAACCCAGUUGAUAGACGUAUAUGUAUUUUUUUUUAAGGAAGCUGGAUCGCUAACAAUGACUGUUACGUUAGCAACAAGCUAGCUAACGUUAUCUAUAUCCACAAGUACGUGUAGUCGUCAACGUUUUACACGGUUGGGUGUCACAACAGUAUUGUUGGUGACGGUGCCAUUUAUUAGCUACUGCCAACCAGAAAAUGUAGUUAGCUAGCUGCUUAAUCUGUCGCGCAACCCGAACCGUUUUCUUCGAGAACUACGACAACGCUACCCCUGCCCAUCCAGGCAGUCAGUGGUAACAAAACAAGAGAUUGGAGCGAUGACGGCAACAUCAUGUCUGAGAGAUAUCCUUUAGUCGAGAAAGCCCUCUCGGAGAGCUAUGCUCGGUUUAGGUUCAAGGACACGUCACUGCUAAUUUGGCAACAGCAGCAAAUGGAGCUGGAACAGGGACCACCGAGUAACUACCUCAGUCGGAGUCAAAGUACGUGGUACAGUCAGUAUGGAAACCAGGCAGUCGUGGUACGGGACAAACGAACUGUCACAGUGGAUCCAACUGCUGACACUGGAAAUUCCAGAAUAUGUUUGAUUAUGUGACAGUUAUAGUGACACAUACAUUUAUUCAUAUGCCCUAAACUUCAAUAUUUGUAAACUGUUUGUGCAAAAAUAUAUGGUGCAGACUGAAGUUGAGUAUUUGUGUCCUGAAAGACGUCUGCCAGAAACAUGUCAUGACCAUUCACUGGGCAAAUAUGUGCUGGUCAAAGCAAAGUAAGCCUGUGUAUGUACAUUGGGGUAUGGAAGUGUUAGCUAAGGCUUACAUUGGGGCGGCAGGUAUCCUAGUGGUUAGGGCGUUGGACUUGUAAACGAAAGGUUGCAAGAUCGAAUCC